AUGCCGUCCCAGCCAGCCACUCCCACCCGCAAGCGGAAGCUGCGGGUAUCUGCAGCCUGUGACUUCUGUCGGAGGAGGAAGCUGCGGUGUGACGCAGAGCCUCAAUGCGAAAACUGUCGUCAGCGUGGAGAAGCCUGCACGUAUGCCACAAGAGAGAAGAAAGCCAGGCCCUCCAAUGCACGGAUUCAUAAGCUAGAGGAGGAAAAUGCACGACUACGUCACUCGUUGCAACGCCCACACGAUGCUCUCGAGGAGACGCAGGUUGUCAUCACUGCGGAUACAAUAUCUCAUCACGGCCAGGACGUUGAUCCGUAUGAUCAACCUGCAUAUGAGGAGCAUGAGCCCGUUGAUGCCGACCACAGUUCCGGGCCUGUAGUCUCGCAACCUGUCAUUCACGCGUCUUCUGAACCUCCCCAAGAGGUUGCUUUUCAUGGCCCUUCAAGUGUGAUGUUCAACAUGCCUAAGAAACAGCAACAGCUCUCACAAUCGUCUAUGACACAGGUUAAAAACCAGCUCCUGGCUGAUGCCACAAGACAACGCCAGAUGGAAGUUGUGAACUUGAACAAUAAUUCACUUGAUUUUGACGGCGUGCCUCCUGACCUAGGCAUGCGGCUGCUAUCACUGUUCUGGAACCGCCAGUAUUAUUCAGGGACUAUUGUAUAUCGCCCAGCAUUCAUGAGGGAUAUGGCCUGCGGAGGCCGAUAUUUCUCAAAGCUUCUGCUAAAUGCCAUUUACUUUGGCGCGUCUAAGAGUCUUACCAAGUCGGAAGACGUGGAAUCGAGUGGCCCCAGAGGUCAACGGGGCUGGUCAUUUCGAAACAAAUUCGACAGCUAUCUCCAUGCCUCUAACUCGGAAGCCCUUUGGAGGAGCGAGGUCACCACGAUACAAGCCCUGUUAAUUGUCUCAGACGCCUUGUUUACGUGGUGCGAUGAGAGGAGUCUGUCAUGGCAUUAUAUGGGAAUCGCCGUGAAUAUGAUUAUUGAUCUGGGCAUCCAUGUCGAUGGAUCGGCUGGUUUGCAUUCAAAGGAGAGUUGCGCUCCAGAAGAUAUAGAAGUUUAUCGCCGAUUGUUCUGGUCGGCCUAUACUUUUGAUAAGGUGCAAUCAAUCUACCAAGGCCGGCCUUCCCGGCUAAAAGAUAUCGAUAACAGCGUUCCAAUACUUUUCUUGGACGAAUACGAAGAAUAUGAACUCUUCAAUACAUUGACCUAUUCGGCAACUCCACAGCAACUCUCCCGCCCGACUUAUGCGGUCUCAACUUUCCGAGAACUGUGCCAACUCAGCAUUAUCAUGGACCGAAUUAUUCAGAGCAUCUAUUCCGAAAAGAGUUCCUCAACAAGCCCGGCUGAACUAACCAAGACUCGGCAGUCCAUUCAGACAGCACUAGAAAACUGGCGAACGAGUCUCCCUUCUCACUUGUCAAUUCAGCUUGACAGUCCUGCCAUCACAUCCGUGCUUCCGCACACGCUCUCAUUAUUCGUUCACAAUGACGCGGCCACUGACCGAGCUGCCUUUCUCGCCACUUUCAGUGCGGAGGAGGAUAGAGCAAUCAUGCGGAAGGUUGAUUGGAGAUUUCUAUGGCUGAUAGGUGUGAUUUAUCUCAUCAAGAACGUUGAUUACACCAAUGCAGCCUCAGUCAAAGUGCUUCAAGUGGGCCAGCCUACAAAUGUCCUCAUACAGCUCGGCAUGACAGAUGACCAGUACAAUUGGGUUCAGUCCAUAUACUUUAUCAGCUACAUCAUUUUUGAGGUCCCGAGCAAUCUCGUCCUCAAGAAAAUGCAGCCCAGAAACUGGCAAUUCCGAAUAAUGCUCACAUGGGGUGCAGUAUUGGCCUGCCAUGCGGCUGUGAAGAACAAGGAAGGUUUGUACGCGGCCCGGUUCGUCCUUGGGAUGAUGGAGGCGGGUAUGUUUCCUGGGAUUGCUGCACAACUAUGCUCGUGGUAUCGCUCGGAUGAGAUGGGCAAACCAAUCAUGUGGAUGUUUGCCUUUUCCAACUGCUCGGGUAUCGUGGGUUCGCUCCUCGCUUACGGCAUCUCAUACAUGGACGGACUCUCAGGUCUGAGUGCUUGGCAAUGGGUCUACCUUCUCGAAGGCAUCAUCACCAUCCUCUUCUCAGGAGUGGUAUAUUUCGUCCUGCCCGAUUAUCCCAAGUCGCCCCGCUCUAGUUCCUGGCUCACGCCCAGAGAGCAAGAAUAUCUCGAAGCCAGACUUUCAGAGAACGCGCCCAGGACCAGUGACGCAGCAUUUAGUACCUCGGAAGUCAUCGCCUCGCUACGUGACCCGCGGAUCUGGUCGUUCAUGCUUUCCCAGAUCCUCAUCAAUCUUGGCGGCUACGGUCUGAGCUGGCAACUCCCUACGGUCACCACGAGUCUCGGCUUCGCUGGCCUCCCGCGAAACCAGCUGCUCAACAUCCCACCCGCCGGUUGCUCUGUACUCGCCAUCAUCUUCGCCGGCUGGUUUAUGAAGCGCGCCUACGUUACGCGGCCCGCGUUCAUCAUGGCCAUCUGCGCCGGGUGCCUGGCCUUCUUCAUCGUCCUUGCCUCGACGCGGGAUAAGUACGCAGUCUACGUAGCGUGCGUCUUCGGGACAAUGUUUUACGCCGUCUUCUUCAUCCCGUUCUGGGCAUGGCGCUCGGCCACGCUUGUAGGCUCGACCGGGACGGCUUUCACGCUCGCCUUCCAGUCUAGCGUCGGCCAGGUUGGCGGUGUUAUCGGCCCCCAGAUGUUCCAGUCAAAGUAUGCCUAUAACGGUUACAAGGUCCCCUUUGCAAUUUGUUCGGCGGCGAUUGGAGGCGGGUGGUUGGCGAGUGCACUUACCUGGUGGCUGACGAGGAAUGUUGAGUGGGAUGUGAGGCGCAUUCGAAGGCUGAGGAUCAAGGCCGAGAGAGAGGGCAAAGUCUUCGCUGAUGAUGAUGUCCAGGUUAUCAAUGAGAGGAACUUUUAUGGGAAGGGGUUGAAGAGAGAUGAGGAAGCUGCUCUAUAG